AUAAGUUAGUGAAUAUGGCGUAUCAACAUCAGUUUACAUCGGAGGAAAAUGAAGAUGACUUAGAAAAACUACGGCUUGCUGCUCUUAAAUCAUUGCGGACUGCAAAAGCAGUUCCUAAAGUUGUCAGGAAGUUUAAGAAGGUCAAUAAGAAGUUUAUUUUUAAGGGCCAAGGAAUUCGAACUAACUGCUAUAAUGGCAAAUCAAUGAAAAAGAAUUUCAGAGGUAACUCAAACCAGAAUUUCAGAGGCAACUCAAACCAGAAUUUUAGAAACAAUUCAAACCUUAUUACAAUAGUUCCUGUGGUGGAAAUGUCUGGGGCCUCUGGGAGUGAAUGUGGAGGACAAUCUUCAGAAAGUAAAGAUUCAGAAGUUAAUCAAGGGCCAUCAAAAUUCAGCCGAUAUAAUGAUGACGAUUCAGAUAAUAGUGAUGAAGAUUUUAUGGGCUACUGUGGUACAAAUGGAGUUGAAGAAGAUGAAAGUGCAGAGGAAGAUUCUGACAUAUUGUUACUAGAUACAAAUGAAGAAGAAAGUCUGGAAAAACUAAUGGAUGAAUUAGAAGAAGAGAUAAAGAAAGCUGAAAGGACUUCACCGUCUGUAACAAGUGCAGAUGACAGUGAAACGGAGGUACCAGAAAAAAGUGUUCUGCAGGAAGAAACUGAUGUAAAAGUUUGCCGUGAUCAACAACCGGAGUCUUGUGUGAGUGAUGUGUGUGUUCAGCCUGAUGUUGUGAGUGAAAAUUCUGUGACAAUUAGUGCUCUGCAAGGAACAACAAAAGAAGUGAUCAGCAGCACUGUGGAUGCUGCAUAUGACAAUGGACAACCACUUUCCUCUGUAAAAGCCCAAGAAACAUGUACUCUGCUAAUUUCAGUGCCAGUAUCUACAGUGAAGACCACAGACAAUGAACCAGCUGCUCAGGCUGAAAAUUCCCAUGUUACUUUAAAAAUGUCUCAAAUAUCAAGGCAUUCACCACCUGAUAAUAAGUACAUCAAAUGUUCCAAUAAGAGUGUAAUAACCCCAAACCAUUCCCCUGUUCAUUCACCUGGGCAAGGUAGCCAUCCAGAAAAUUGUCAAAGCCAAGGGUCUUCAUUGUACAAACCCACCUCAUGUAGUCCUGGAGUAACCCACAAUACAAGCAGAGUUUCAGAUUCAUCUUCAAUAUAUAAUUCAGUGUCUCAAGUGGAAAGGUCUCAGGUUCAUGAUAACAUAUCUCAAAGCACAAAAUCCCCAGUCUAUCGACGAUCACGAACUCCGGCAUCACCAUCUAGGACUACUACUUCAAAAAUGAGAAACUCCUUCAGCCGAUCACACAGUCCAAGAUCUCCAUUGCGAAUUCGAAGGUCACCUGCACAUGCUGUGAAAUCACAAAGCCCCAAGUCACCUGUACGUAAACUAAGUCCUCAUAAUUCUAGAUCACCGAUUUAUGAUUCAAGACCAUAUACACAAACAUCACCAGUUCACUCUCUUCAAUCACAGAGCCCACAUUCUCCUUGCAGUAGUGAUAGGUUUCAUAGUCCUUCACGCAUUCAUAGGUCUUCAAGAAUUUCUACAUCAAAAUCUCCAGUUCACCAAGUGAGGUCACCUAGCCCAAGACCUUCCACUCAUUUGCGAAGAACUUGCAGUCCGAGAUCAAGUCCUAUCAGGCAUACAUCUUGGUCUCCAAGAUCAAGUCCUCAUAACCAGAAAUCUCGUAGUCCAAGAUCAAUUGCUCACAAGCGACAAUCCAGCAGUCCGAGGUCUGCUACUCACAUGCAAAGAUCAUGCAGCCCGAGGCCUGCUGCAAAUGUACAAAGAUCUUGCAGUCCAAGAUCAGCUGUGACUAUGCGGAGAUCUCGUAGUCCAGGACCAGCAUCAAGUAUGCGUGUAUCUUGCAGUCCAGGACCAUCAUCAACUAUGAGAUCUCAUAGUCCAGGGCCAGUGAUAAGUAUGCGGAGAUCACGCAGUCCAGGACCACUGACGAAUACACAGAGGUCAUGCAGUCCAGAGCCGCUGACGAACAUAAGGAGGUCACGGAGUCCAGGGCCUGUGAAGAACAUGCGGAGGUCACACAGUUCAGGGCCGGCGAUGAGCAUGCGGAGGUCGUGCAGUCCAGGGCCACAGACAAGCAGGCAGAGGUCACGCAGUCCAGGGCCACAGACAAGCAGGCGGAGGUCACGCAGUCCAGGGCCACAGACAAGCAGGCGGAGGUCACGCAGUCCAGGGCCACAGACAAGCAGGCGGAGGUCACGCAGUCCAGGGCCACAGACAAGCAGGCAGAGGUCACGCAGUCCAGGGCCACAGACAAGCAGGCAGAGGUCACGCAGUCCAGGGCCACAGACAAGCAGGCAGAGGUCACGCAGUCCAGGGCCACAGACAAGCAGGCGGAGGUCACGCAGUCCAGGGCCACAGACAAGCAGGCAGAGGUCACGCAGUCCAGGGCCACAGACAAGCAGGCAGAGGUCACGCAGUCCAGGGCCACAGACAAGCAGGCAGAGGUCACGCAGUCCAGGGCCACAGACAAGCAGGCGGAGGUCACGCAGUCCAGGGCCACAGACAAGCAGGCAGAGGUCACGCAGUCCAGGGCCACAGACAAGCAGGCAGAGGUCACGCAGUCCAGGGCCACAGACAAGCAGGCGGAGGUCACGCAGUCCAGGGCUGCAGAUGAGCAGGCAGAGAUCAUGCAGUCCAGGGCCAGGGACAAGCAUGCGGAGAUCACGGAGUCCAGGGCCAGUGACAAGCAUGUGGAGGUCACGGAGUCCCGGGCCAGUAAAGAGCAAGCGGAGGUCAUGCAGCCCAGGGCCAGUGAAGAGCAAGCGGAGGUCAUGCAGCCCAGGGCCAGUGAAGAGCAAGCGGAGGUCACGCAGUCCAGGGCCAGCAAAGAGCAUGCGGAGGUCACGUAGUCCAGGGCCAGCAACGAGUUUGCGAAGGUCCCGCAGUCCAGGGCCAGCAAAGAGCAUGCGGAGGUCACGUAGUCCAGGGCCAGCAACGAGUUUGCGAAGGUCCCGCAGUCCAGGGCCAGCAAAGAGCAUGCGGAGAUCACGCAGUCCAGGGCCAGCAACGAGCAUGCGGAGAUCACACAGUCCAGGGCCAGCGACAAGAAUGCUGAGAUCACACAGUCCACAGCCAGUGACGAGCAUGCGGAGAUCACCCAGUCCAGUGCCAGCAAGGAACAGGUGGAGGUCACGCAGUCCAAGUCCAGUUAGGAGCAAGCAGAGAUCACGCAGUCCAAGUCCAGUGAGGAGCAAGCAGAGAUCACGCAGCCCAGCUCCAGCGAGGAGCAGACAGAGAUCACGAAGCCCAGGUCCAGCGAGGAGCAUGCGGAGAUCACGCAGUCCAGGCCCAAUGACGAGCAUGCGCAGAUCACACAGUCCACACCCAAUGACGAGCAUGCGGAGAUCACGUAGUCCAGGGGCAAGGAUAAGCAUGCGGAGAUCACGCAGUCCAGGGCCAAGGACGAGCAUGCGUAGAUCACGCAGCCCAGGGCCAAGGACGAGCAUGUGUAGAUCACGCAGUCCAGGGCCAGUGACGAGCAAGCGUAGAUCGCGCAGUCCAGGGCCAGUGACGAGCAAGCGUAGAUCGCGCAGUCCAGGGCCAGUGAUGAGCAAGCAUAAAUCACGCAGUCCAGGAGCAGCAAAGAACAUGCGUAGAUCGCGCAGUCCAGGACCAACAACAAAUACACGGAGAUCUCAUAGUCCAGGACCUGCAAGGAAUGCGAGGAGAUCUCGCAGCCCGAGACCAGCAAUGAGUGAACGGAGAUCCCGCAGUCCUGGACCGACAGUGAGUACGCGGAGAUCCCGCAGUCCUGGACCGACAGUGAGUACACGGAGAUCUCGCAGUCCAGGACCUGCAACAUGUACACGGAGAUCACGCAGUUCAGGACCGGCAAUGAGCACACGGAGAUCUCGCAGUCCAAGACCAGCAGUGAACACACGGAGAUCUCGCAGUCCAGUUCCGGCAGUCAGCACACGGAGAUCUCGCAGUCCAAGACCAGCAGUGAACACACGGAGAUCUCGCAGUCCAAGACCAGCAGUGAACACACGGAGAUCUCGCAGUCCAGGUCUGGCAGUCAGCACACGGAGAUCUCGCAGUCCAGGACCGGCAGUGAGCACACGGAGAUCUCGCAGUCCAGGACGGGGAAUGAGCACACGGAGAUCUCGCAGUCCAGGACGGGCAGUGAGCACACGGAGAUCUCGCAGUCCAGGAAGGGCAGUGGGCACACGGAGAUCUUGCAGUCCAGGAAGGGUAGUGGGCACACGGAGAUCUCGCAGUCCAGGAUGGGCAAUGAGCACACGGAGAUCUCGCAGUCCAGGAAUGGGAGUGGGCACGAAGAGAUCUCGCAGUCCAGGACAGGCAAAGAGCACACGGAGAUCUCGCAGUCCAGGACGGGCAGUGAGCACACAGAGAUCUUGCAGUCCAGGACCGGCAGUGAGCACACGAAGAUCUCGCAGCCCAGGACGGGCAGUGUGCACACGGAGAUCUCGCAGUCCAGGACGGGCAGUGUGCACACGGAGAUCUCGCAGUCCAGGACGGGCAGUGAGCACACGGAGAUCUCGCAGUCCAGGACGGACAGUGAGCACACGGAGAUCUCGCAGUCCAGGUCGGGCAGUGUGCACACGGAGAUCUCGCAGUCCAGGACGGGCAGUGAGCACACGGAAAUCUCGCAGUCCAGGACCGGCAAUGUGCACACGAAGAUCUCGCAGUCCAGGACCGGCAAAGUGCACACGAAGAUCUCGCAGUCCAGGACCGGCAAUGACUACACGAAGAUCUCGCAGUCCAGGACAGGCAAUGACCACACGAAGAUCUCGCAGUCCAGGACCGGCAAUGACCACACGAAGAUCUCGCAGUCCAGGACAGACCAAGAGUACAAGGAGAUCUCGCAGUCCAGGAGUGGCUAAGAGCAAACGGAGAUCUCGCAGUCCAGGACCGGCCAAAGGCACACGGAUAUCUCGCAGUCCAGGACCGGAAAUGAGCUCAAACAGAUCUCGCAGUCCAGGACCACUAAUGAGCAUUCAUAGAUCUCACAGCCCAAGACCUGUAACAUGUAUGCAGAGAUCUCGCAGUCCACGGCCAUCUUCUAGUACCUGGAGAUCUCGCAGUCCGAGACCAUCUACCGAUACCCAAAGGUCUCGCAGUCCAAGACCAGUUAACAGUACUCGAAGAUCCCGCAGUCCUAGACCAGCUGGUAGUGUGCGACGAUCUCACAGUCCAAGACCAUCUGUGAGUUUGCUGAGAUCUCACAGUCCCAGACCAGCAGUGAGUAUGCGAAGAUCUCGCAGUCCGAGACCGAUAGUGAGUACUCGUAGAUCUCGGAGUCCAAGAUCAGCUUCUGAUAUGCGGAGAUCGCACAGUCCAAGACCACGUACUAAUCUGCGUAGAUCUAGAAGUCCAAGCCCUGCCACGAAUAUACGGAAGUCUCGCAGUCCAAGAACAGCAGCUAAAGUACAGAGAUCUGUUAGUCCAACACCAGCCUCUAAUAUGCAGAGCUCUAUUAGCCCAAGACCAGCCACAAAUUUGAGAAGAUCUCUGAGUCCAAGACCAGGUACUAAUAUUCGGAGAUCUCCCAGUCCAAGACCAAUGGCUAUUGUACGAAGAUCUCUCAGUCCAAGACCACCUGCUAAAAUACGGAGAUCUGUUAGUCCACAGCCAGCUGCUAAGAUACGAAGAUCAGGAAGUCCCAGACCAACUGCUAAUGUGUGUAGAUCUGGCAGUCCAAGAACAGCUACUAAGGUACUGAGAUCUAAUAGUCCAAGACCAACUGCUCAUGUGCGGAGCUCUGGUAGUCCAAGAAGAGUUGCUCUGAUAAAGAGAUCUGGUAGUCCGAGACAAACUGCUCAGAUGUGCAUAUCUUUUAGUCCAAGAUUAACUGAACACAGGAGGAAAUCCUCUAGUCCCAGAUCGUGUACUCGCGUGCAGAAGUCGUGUAGCCCUAGGUCAGCCACCCAAAUACGGAGGUCUUGUAGUCCCAGACAAGUCAGUCAGAUGAAGAGAUCUCGUAGUCCCACUUGGUCUCCAGCUAGAAAAUCUGCAUCACAAUUCAGAAAGCUGUCAAAAUCACCAUCUAGGAGAUAUUCUGACAACCAUUAUUCUCCUUCACAUUCCAGAUGCUCUAGAAAGCAGUCAUUAUCACCAAGAUCCAGAAAUUACAUUUCACCAGGUAGAUCUGGCUCACCAAGGGAAAGACAAAAGUCACCACAAUGCAAAAUAUCUCCAGUUAGAAUGCAGGCACAUGACAGGAGAAGUAUUACAUCACAGAACAAAUCCAUUUCUCCAAAGUGCAGGAGGCAUUCGCUAUCACCAGGAAAAGGAUAUGUAAAGUCACCCAUUAUCCAAAGAACAUUUGCAUCACCCAAAAGACACUCACCAGAUGUGCAGCGGAAGAUAUCACCUAUAAAUUUUCCUUCAAAUAGGUCAAAUGUUUCAAAACAUACCAUGCGGAGAAGCAAAUCACCAGUUUCAAGAGUUUCGAAUUCGCCUCCAAUAAGUCUAGAGCAACUACAUUUGAAUAGGAAGCAUUCAAAGGGUAGGAGCCCAUCUCCCUGUCCAAUUAAAAUGUAUGGUGUAUCAAGUACCAGAAAAAAGUCCCCAGAAAAACUACCAAGAAAAUCAUCUCAUAUGUCUUCUAAAGACAGAGAAAAUGUGCAUUACACAGCAUCACCGUAUGACCAUCAGGUCUCUACUUCUCCAGAGGUGAAACCUUCUCACACGGAUAAAUGUUACAGAAGUCCACAAAGAAAAGCAUCACCACAUUUAAUGACAUCAUUUUCACCUCUCUCUCCACAGAACUCAUUCUCUUUCUCAGGGGCUCAUGAAGAUGAUCAUUCAUUACAGAGAAAAGAUGUAGGUUUAAUUCAUGGAAAGCCCAUGCAUGACAAUCGAAAGAAUAAUACAUCAGUAGAAGAAUUAUAUUGUCAUUCAGAUAACCCCUCAACCCAGAAAAGUCGGAGUCAGACACCAAGCCUGAGCCCGUCACCUGAGAAAAACUCUGAGUCAGAAAAUAAAUACUAUACAGUGCCUCUCAGAAUCCAAACCUCAUCUCUAGGUUACAAGAAUCCCUCUGUUUCUAAUUCUUUGAAAAACAAUGACAUCAGUUGUUGGCAAGGAGCUUCAGCAUGCUCAGUUACCACUGAUAGUGGUAGCAAAGUUAAGUCAUUAAGAAAAAAUCGUGAUGAAAAUGUUACACAGACCAGAUCUGAGCUGAUGUCCAAAAACUGCACAAAAAAAACAGAAAGAAAAACUUCACAUAAAUAUAGGAUGAAAGAUAAAAACAAGAAAGGACAUAUAGUGCCGAUGUGUCAGGAUGAACCAAAGUCAUUGGCACUAAACUCUGAUGUUAUCGACACAGGUAGAAGUAUGGUGAAUGAUAAUGUUCCUAUUCAGGAGACUACAAAAGGAAAAUUUGAUUCCUCAGAUUCUCUUGAACAUUCUUGUAAAACAAAUAGCUUGGAUCAGUUAUCAGAAACUGAGGUAGAGAAGGAAAUGGAAAUUGUCACUAAAAUAGCUAAUACCCCCGAUGACAGAACCUUAGAUGAACUUGAAGAUCUUUUGGACUUGGAAUUAGAUAAAUCAGUUGAUUUAUGGGAAAGUGAUGAAUCAGAAAAUGAGCAGUUUCAUCAAGAAACAAAGACCCUGGAAAAAUCUUUAGAUUUAGCUGAAGAUCAGUACUCAAGAACUUCUGGUAUGGAAAAGGACAGUGCAGUUGCGAAAGGAAGAUUGAAGGACACCACUGGUGAAAAAUUAAACUUCUCUACCACAGGAGAUUCACCUGGUGAAGAAAGUAAGGUGAUAAAAGUUACAUCAGGUGGAUCAGGCAAGAGGAAGAAAAGAUCAGACUCUCGGAAAAAUUCGUCUAGAAAGUCCAGCCGCAGAGAAAACAGAAUUAAAGUGCAGCAGUUGGGAGAGCAGUGUAGCCCAUCAAAAACAGAAUCAGCAGAUGAAAGCAUGGAGCAUACUGAUAUAACAGACUGUGACCUCAGGGCAGAGCUAAGUCGAAGACGAGCAGAAAGAUUACUUAAGGCAGGAUCAUUACAUACUGCACUCCCUACAAGGUUACUGAAAUCUGCAUUUCGGGGACUUGUUAGCGGCAAAACGGCCAAGAAAGAGGCCAGUGAACGCAAAUCGUGUGACAGAGAGCUGCAGAAAAGAGACAAAACAGAUGGACGAAGAGUUAUGGUUCUGAAGUCACCCCCUUCUGAAGAUCAGGAUGUUGUGAGCCUCAGUGUCACCAUACCAAAGGAUAAAAAGGAUAAAAACUCUCCAUCAAAAGUACCUGUUCACUUACGCCUUGGCCUUCCUAGUAGUAGCUGGGACACACAGAAUUCCCAUUCAAGACGAAGAGGUUAUCGCAAGGUGAAGCUUAAACGCAGUGUGAUUGUUUCAUCUGAGAAAGGUCAUAAGGUUUAAUCUUGGAUUGGACAUAAGGAAAGGCAAAAUAUUAGAAACGAGAAGACGUGUUUGAAAAUUGUUGGACAAUAUUGGACAGUAAUCAUAUUGAUUGUGCAUUUUUUUGGGAUACUUUAUUCCAUUAUUUAACUGUUAUUUCUACUGAAUUUACAAUGUAAAUAAAGUAAUGAGUCAUAUGUUUACAUAUUUGUAUAAAUGUAAAUGAAAUAUUCCUUUGUUGUUUUUAUAUAUACACACCAAUAAAAUAUUUAUUUGUAGUCAUAAUUGUAUAUAUUGCAUGUAUAUAAAUCUAAGACUUCUCCAAUUUAUAAAUCAUUGUAUUUGAUAUACAUAAAGAUUUCAGAACAACAGAAUUAUGUGGAGGAAAUGAACUGUAUUUUUUCUACAAGAUGUUUUUUUAUCUUGUAAUUACACUUUCUCAA